AAGCGACUAACAUACGCUCGCAGAGUAUAGAAGAAGCAGGAACAAGAAAAAAUAGAGAGAAAAAGUGAGCUCGCCAACCGGAAUUAUGGUUUAUGCAACAUUAACUAUCCUGUUAUUGGAGCUACUAAAAUAUCACGAGGCAGGGGAAUUUCCAGCAAAGGAGUUUUUUGGUUCAGAAAGUGGAGACGUACAGUAUCAUUUAUGUUCUAAUUUAAAGAGAUCCAAAAUGUGUUGUAGUUGCUCAGUCAACUGCAUGAGAUUUAAAACAUGCUGCAUCGACAGAUUGUGGGACGGUGCCAGACACGAUCGUCUACAACCGUACCUCCAACAUUUUUUAAACGAAUCUGAAAAGUUCAAGAAUUUAUCUUGCGAACCCAUUUUAACAGUAAGUCAAAAACAUACUGCACAAUCGUAUUUCAUGGUGAGAUCUUGUUUGCAGAAUGCUAAAAAGUUGGAUGUCGAACGCUGCCUGCAUUCAAGUUUUGAUAUCGACAAUGAUAUACCAGCACUUGGUAACGAUACAUACUUGUAUAAGAACUCCUACUGUGCUAAAUGUAAUUUUGUUUUUGCCUACAACUUUAUUGAUAUACAGGCGAAAUGUGAAAACGCGUCAGAGCUGCUACUCAAGACAAAUAUUACCAGAAAAGACUUAAAUAACUUAAGUGGAUGUGAGUUUUCCGUAGAUAUUGGUAGCAAUCAUCGAAAGUACUUUCAAGAGUGCAAAAGAAAAGAAAUGGUUUGUCCGCACACAGAUCGGUUUUAUAGAAUGUGCAAUACAUAUGGCGAGGCUAUGGGUAAAUACAAAAACUACCACUGCGCAAUGUGCGCACACAAUCAGAUUACAAGACGUUUUAAUACUGCCAACAGAACCGUCAUUGAAUCGCACUAUUUGCUUAAUAGAAGCGUUAAACUUGCAAAUUUUACCAAAAGAGACCUACAACGCCCUUACCUUGCAACUCCUAUUUUUAAUCUCACUUGUGAGACCGAACGAUGCAGGGAUCAACACUGUUUUCUACUGAAAGGGGCAGAAUUGUCACGAUAUCUAAACACUUUCUUAAUCGGUCUAUCUAAGAAUAAUGGAGUUGAAAUAAAACAUUUUAAACAUAAGUUUCCCAUUAGGCAAUUCCUGAACAUUCCGAAAGAUUAUGUUUUUGAUUUCGACAGAGGAUUAGAACAAUAUCUGUGCAAUGCUGUCAGAGAAAAAUGCUGCAACUGCAACGACAAGUGCAUGGAAGAGAAAAAUUGCUGCAUUGAUAAAUUUUGGAACGAAACAGUUCCUGAAAGUUUAGAUUCUUACUUAAAUCAAUUCAUUCAAAAAUGGCAUGAGCAGAAAUUAUUUUCUUGCCAGCCGGUGUUUCGCAUGCCGUCAUUGCUAAAUCGUAGUGAAGGCCUAAUGGUAAAAUCCUGUUUGUCAAAUACAGAUUCCAAUGACGUGAAAAGAUGUUUGCAGAAUGACAAUGACACAUUUUCUGAUAUAUACUCUACUAUGCCAGUUAAUGGUUCUGAUGGACACAUAUAUAAGAAUUCCUUUUGUGCCAAAUGCAAUUUCGUCACCAAAUAUACGCCAAUCAACGUAUCAGCAAUAUGCAAUCAGAGUCAAGAAACAUCUGUUGAUUCUAAAAACAGUUUGCAUAAUUGUUUGGUUUCGAUAACUCAGGCAGCAAACAAAAGCAGAGUAUGCAAAUAUGAAAAACUAUUAAGGAAAGAUUGUUCAAGAUCUGGUAACUACUUUGAGUUAUGUAAUGCAUAUAAAGGUGGAGUUGGUGAUUUUCGUAAUUAUCAUUGUUGGCUUUGUAAUCAAACGAAUUAUACAUCCCCAGUUCCUCCUGUUCGUUACUGUGAUACCAUAAUCCCAAUUCUUGAACGGUCAGUACCAUCCAUCCUGAUAACAUUUACAAGAGUUGAAGAAGUGAAAACAAAAAAUUUGUGUGAAUUAGGAAAAAUGUAUGAUUCAAAAACAAUGAAGUGUGAGAAAGUUAUUUGUCCGCCAGGUUCUUUUCUUAAUGGAGACCUUUGCGUCGUGCAACGUUUGUUGUAUGGAAAUAGGUACAGCUUGAACACAUUGAAGCCAUCAUUUAUCGAAUGCUUUUGUUCAAAAAAUUUAACUUUGUAUAUCACGUUAAAGAGCAAUUUUAACGAAAGCAUCGUAGAGAUUUUGCAACCAUUUGAACCAUAUCUGCCUGAGGGAUCUACAGCCCGCCUUAUUACUAACAAAACUGUUAACAGUCGUGUUGUAUAUGCAUUGACAAAUGUAAAUAAAAACAUAUCUAACUUGGUUGAUAAUAACAUGAGCAGUUCCAAUGUAUGGCAAAAUAUUGAAAACUUGGUUAUAGCUGAAGGAGAUAAAUUGCGGUAUACAGAGCACUACAAGUUAAAUAUGUCACAUUACUUUCCACGUCAUGGAAUAUGCGCGUUGCCGAUUAUAUACAAUGCGGAUGAAAGUUUCUUCACCAGUUCAUGCAUUAUAAAGAAAGGAGAUAAAACUUUCUACAUGAAUAACAUAUCAACUUGGAUAUACAUGGACAAAACAGAAACUAGAAGAUUGUAUAGCAUAUGUCUGAAGUUUCAUUUACAUUUAGGUUGUCCUCAACGGAAGAUUAAUGGCAAUGUUUCUUUUAAUAAUAAUGGAAAUCUACUGCAUAUAAGAUCAGGGGACAUUGAAAUUUAUAAAGUGGACGAAUAUUUACCAUUACCUGAUGGGUAUGGUGUUUGUAUCAAAAGUUCAUCUAGUCAUAGCCUGAAUAACGAUAACAACAGAUUGAAUACUGUUUAUGAUAUUGCAUACUAUAUUUCACUAACAGGGACGUGCCUGAGUAUGGCCUGUUAUAUUUCGAUAAUGCUAAGUUUCUAUAUUUUUAAAGAAAUUCGAACAGUCCCUGGAUUGAACACGUUAGGAAUGUGCUUAUCUCUUUUUAUCGCUGAUGCUAUGUUUCUACUUGCAACACAUUCAAAUCUGAACGGUAAACCUUGCAGAAUAAUUGCUGUUGCGUUGCAUUGGUGUCUACUGAGCGCGUUUAUGUGGAAUCUGAUUAUUGCUUGGGAUAUGAUUUCAACAUUUGGUUCCUUCAAAGUCGCUAGUCGAGACAAUAACACAAAGAAAUUCAUUCGACGUUGUGGUUUUUCGCUGGUUCCAUCAACUUUAAUAGUUUCGCUGUCUUUGAUAUUGGAAGAAACAUCAACAGUUGAUAUUGGUUAUGGUGUGAACAGAUGGUGUUGGAUUACAGGUUUUUAUGCACGACUUGUAUUUUACAUCAUUCCAGUGGCUGUUAUAUUUCUGAUUACUCUGUCGACGUUGCUAUGUACGAUACGUAAGAUUCACAGGGAUUUUAAAGGCAACGAGGAGAUUCUGAAAACUGGAAGAAAAACGAAGAAGGAGACAAUCAAAAUCGCAGUCAAGCUUGGUAUUAUACUUGGUAUUACCGAAGGAUUAGGGUUCAUUCAAAUAGCUAAAUCAAACCUCAGUUACAACGAAAAACUUUUUAAUGCAUACUCCGCUCUUCUUUACUCCACCUGCAGAAGUUUUCGAGGAUUAAUGCUAUGUCUGGUGUAUAUUGUAGGCGCAAAUGUCAUAACAUUAUACAGAAAAAGAGUGCGGUGGUUGAUUACAACGACAGAUGCCAGUAAAACAGAUGACCAUAAAUGGACAAGCAUGCCAUUAAACAAACAAGUGACCACGACAUCCUUUUGAACUUCAAGGUUUGAAAAAAACUUUGCUGCAAACCACAGUGAGAACCGAUAUUUUUGUAUAAAAAACUUACUGUAAAUGUUGUGUUUGUCGUUGAAAAAUUGGUAUGAUUAGGGAAGCAAGUCUUUUUAUGAUUUAACUACUAUAGGUACACAGAAAGAAACAAAUCUUAUCUAAGAACAAUCGCUAGAGUAAAUUUAAAUUUGGCAAGAAUAAAAUUUCAAGUUGUAAACUUGACUCACGUGUAGUGCAUUUCGGUAGGAUUGUCAAUAAAACCUAUCGAAAAGCAUAAUUUUAUUAGGUAAAAAAGUUGCCAUAUUUGAUUUGUAAA